UUCUUGGGACUCUCAUAAUCCUGUCUAUUAGUGUACAAAUAGUAAAUGGUAAUGACGACAUAUCAAUCUGCAAGAAAAGCUUAGAGAGAUUAAAAGACAACGUGAAAGAAUGGAUGGAAACUUGCGUUGAUAAAAAUGGCAAUGACGAUAACACAACUGCAUGCAAAGAAGUAAAACAAUACAACAAAGAAAUGAUGCAAAUGCAAACAGAAAUGUGUUUCUACAAAGAUGUUUAUCCAAAGCCAUAUUUGAUUAUUAUGAGCUUUGAUAAAGUAUACUCUGUCGAUUCUAUUACUGGAGAUAUUCAUGUCAGCACUAUUAAUGGAUCCAGUAAGAAUAAAUCUGACCAUGCAUCAAAAUAUAAUGACAUAGAAAUUGAUGUAGUUGAGAAUGUGCUUUACUACAUUGAUGACAAAGACAUCAAACGGGGAAAUUUUGACUUAACUAGAAACGAAGUUUUUGCGAAAAGUGUUUCUGUUCAUGAUAUUACAGUUGACUGGAUUGGUCGUCGUAUCUUUUACAUUGACUACACGAACAUUAUCUACCAAAUUCAUUUGAAAAAGAAAAUUACAAGUGUUAUGAGGCUUCAACCAGGCUUACAAUUUUCCAGCAUUGCAUUUGACUCAAAACAUGGGUAUCUAUUCUUGGCAGAAAGUACAGAACUUUUCUUAUGGUUAUGGAGCAUGACUGCAAAUAAACAUGAUAUUUUUUCAGUUUCACUUCAAUCAAUAGCACAUGAUCUAACGCUUGACAUGGCUAAAGAGAAGAUUUAUUGGCGAGUGUCAAACGGAAAUGUUUUUUCUUGUGAUUACUACUCCCAUAAUGUAAUUGAUUUUGGAACUUCAGGAGGUCCCAUGGCAGUAUUUAAAGAUUUCAUUUAUAUCAUAACUAGUGUCGGACGAAGUGUCGUUAGUGUCCAUAACACAACAGAUCAACGUACGAGGCGUAAAUAUUUUCUUCCUGUAAACAACGGUUAUCUUGAUUUGGCUGUAGCUAUACACAGUAUCACUCCUGACUCAAACGCGACAAACACUUUUCGACUUCCUUUAUGUGGACCCAACACUUACUAUCGUAAAAUUAAUGGAUCAUUAAACUGCACGUGUAUGAAAGGAUACUCAGGAGAAUGUAACUCGUGCCAGGUUAUCAACUCUGUUAGACUUCGGGGACCAGAAAGUUCUAUUGGCAAAGGUCGUGUAGAAGUAUUUUACAAUGGAGAAUGGGGAACAAUUUGUGAUGAUGGCUGGGAUAUAAACGAUGCUAAAGUUGUGUGUCGACAACUUGGUUAUGACUAUUAUUUCAGGGCUUUACUAGGAGGUAAUGUUCCACAUGGCAGUGGAAGAAUAUGGUUAGACGACGUUCAAUGUCUAUUUAAAGCUGUAUGCUGUAGCUUAUGA